GCCCGCGCUGGGGCGGCCUCCCGGGGCGGGAGCGGCCGCUCGCACGGGACCGCGGGCCCGGGGGCUGCUGGGGCCGGUAGUCCUCGCUGGGUGUCCGGUCCGCCCGGCCCGGCCCGGCCGCCGUUUGGCUUGUCCCCGCCGUGGGCAGUCGGAGAGCUGGCUGCGAAGCAGCCUACAAAAACAGACACACUUGUCGACUCUCAAGGUGUGGAUGAUCAUGGGAGAACAACUGUUAAAGAACAGCAUCCUUGAUCAAUUUAUUAAUAGCCAUGAGCAGUCAUAUGAAGAGUUUCUAAAUACAUUCACAUAUCUUUUUAAAGAGAAAGAGGGAAAGACAAUUCAGGGAAGUAAAGUGGACUCCUUAAGAAAGAAAUGUUCUACUUCUGAAUUACCAAACAGAAAUAAACAGAAUGGUUCACCUGAAAGAAGCAAAGAAAUGUGGGUGUCAUUUCCACCACGGAUGCCAAAUGUGAAUGAGACAGUGAUGAGUGAGAGCUCAACAGCUGAUGUCUCUGAUGGAAAUAAUCUCAAUCUGUCUGAAAGAGUGAAGGUGGAAAAGUACUUAAACUUGGAAGAUGUAGACACAGAUGAGGAGACAUGCAAUGGGUCAUUAGUUCUCCCAGGAGAGGUGGAAGAGACAGUGACUUGCUGUACACCCUUCUUUGAAAAGCCUAUUCAGCCGAAGUUCAGAGACUUGCCAGUUCCCCAGCCAUCAGACAGCAAAGCCCAAGAGCUACUGGGUGAUGAUGUUCAACCAUUCUCACUUGAUGAAGAAUUUGAUUAUGACAAUGUGGCACUGACCCCUAAGUUCUCUGAAGCUGAGCUGAAGGCCAUUUUAGAGUUGUCUGAAGAGGAAACGGGUACAGAUGUCAAAUCUGCAUGAGCUGAAGGCAGAGUCAAAGUUGUUCCGUGCAGGGCUGUUGGAAUGACCUUUUUAUGGGGUGAAUGUAGCUCCUCGUUGUACCUUUAGUGUUCUUAUCUGCAUGGCCAGUAAAUGGCAUCCCAAGAUUUAUUCUGUCAAGGUGCCUUGGAUCCUGUACUGGCUCAAGAUAGGUGUGCUGGCGUGACUUCUCCAUAGGAACAAAACAAGCUGCUGGAUUUCAGAAUAGCAUCAUGGCUACUCUUGCUAAUAUCUGCUACUGACUCAGUUUCUGAGUAGUACCAAGCUGGUCCUGAAGCUGCCUUUUACCUCAUUCUUUCAGUAAUGCAAUUAAGAGCUUCUUAAUAGCUGACAAAUAAGUCUAUGAACUCUUUAAAUAUAUAGAGAUACAUGCGUGAAUAAAUCUGGGAAUAUUUUUUUCUUUGUCUUUUGAUUUCUUACAAAUUUGUAGAACUGAUUAGUUCUGCAAAAAAUAAAUAUUCCUGUUUCCAACAAACUUUUUGUGUUGAUCAAAAUUCAUAUGGUACAACUCCUAAAAUUAAAACAGCAACUGCUCAAACCACCCCCCCCUUCCACACAGAGAAAAAAAUAGCGAUCUCAUUCAUUAAAGAAAUUGGCAUUGAAAGGCUGUCAGAUUUUACAUUUUUUCACAGAUGAUUCCAAAUAACAGCUUAUAGCUUACAGUCUGCAUCACUGAAAUAGAGCAAGCUGGAGCUGAGUAAAGGUCAGCUAUAUGGGUGGGAGAGAACAGUGUGUAUCUUUGACACAAGGUACUGUGUGCUCCUUUUCUGAAGAGUUUAGAGUCCUUUGUUUUCAGCUAACUGCAGAAGCUUUGCUAUUGAAGCUUGGUUUAAUAUCACAAUGCUGAAUUGUAUUUUUGGUCCUUAUCUGGUAUAACUGCAUUCACUAAAGUUUACUGACCAACA